UUGCUUGAGUACUGGAGAGGGGGAAGAGUUUCCGGGCGGACUUUGUGCUUUCCUUUUUCCUUUCCUCCGUAGCUUAUGAGCCGGUGACACAACAGCUGGGGUCGCGGAGGACUCGGGAAGUGACAGAAUCUGUGUCCCAUGCAGUCCCUACUUCGCCUGCCCUCCAGCGGCACACUCCCAGCUUCCUCUUUGCGGAGGGUGAGAUGUCUGUUCAACCAAUUAUUGAACUAUCGGGGUAUAAUUCCUCAACCUGUCUUACUAAGGAGUCACACAACAUCUACAGGUGAUAUUAUUAACAUUGGAGAUAUAUCCUAUACAAUAAAAGCCCCGAGAAACCCAGAACUGGUACCUCAGAGCUACAUUUCUGAUCCACUAUGCCAAGCAGUUGUCCAACAUCUAAGAUGGAUAAUGCAGAAAGACCUCUUGGGACAAGAUAUCUUCCUCAUUGGUCCCCCAGGUCCAUUAAGGCGUUCCAUUGCUAUGCAAUAUUUGGAGCUGACAAAGAGAGAGGUGGAAUAUAUUGCUUUGUCCCGAGACACCACCGAAUCUGAUCUUAAGCAGCGGAGAGAGAUACGAUCUGGGACUGCGUUCUACAUUGAUCAGUGUGCAGUGCGUGCAGCUACAAAGGGAAGAAUUCUGGUUCUGGAGGGGUUAGAAAAAGCCGAGCGGAAUGUCCUGCCAGUCCUAAAUAAUUUGCUGGAGAACCGGGAGAUGCAGCUGGAGGAUGGGAGGUUUCUUAUGUCUGCAGAACGUUACGACAAACUGCUUGAGGAACAUAGCAAGGAUGAGCUGGAUGCUUGGAAGAUUGUUCGUGUUAGUGAAGAUUUUCGAGUCAUUGCCUUAGGUCUACCAGUGCCAAAGUACACUGGCAAUCCUCUUGACCCACCACUGCGCUCUAGAUUUCAAGCCAGAGAUAUUUAUUAUUUGCCUUUUAAGGAUCAGCUUCAGAUGCUCUAUUCCAUUGGAUCAAAUGUUCCUGCAGAAAGGAUUUCCCAGCUCUUGUCAUUUGCCACAACUCUCUGCUCUCAAGAAUCUGCCAGCCUUGGGCUUCCAGAUUUCCCAGCAGACAAUCUAACAGCAGCUAUUGGCAUUUUGAAUGCGUUUCCCAUGAUGUCCACCCAAAACAUAAUCCAGAGGUUGUAUCCUUACAGUGUGUUAUUGGGAAAAGAAGGUAGGACUGCUGUGGAGGACGCAUUAAAGAGAUUUGAACUGUCAGACUCCGGAAAGCACCCUGAUUCUCUGACAAUUGUAAAUGUAGAGCCUUUGCAGAAUUCUGAUAGCCCUAAAGCAGCUGUGACUAUACGAUCACGUGACACAGACAUCUCAGUGGAGAUGGCAUCAGGAACCCGACCAUUGAGCUUACAUUCUCAGCUAUCUACAUUAAUUAGAACCAGUACACAUGAGCAGCUGCUGGCUGAAAUGAUGCAGUCUCACAUGGUUAAAGACAUAUGUCUGAUUGGAGGAAAGGGAUGCGGCAAAAGUGUGAAUGCUAAAGAAUUUGCUGAUAUGCUUGGGUAUGAAGUGGAGCCUGUCAUGUUGUACCAGGAUAUGACUGCCAGGGAUUUGCUGCAGCAAAGAUACACACUUCCAAAUGGUGACACUGCCUGGCGACAGUCUCCUUUGGUUACAGCUGCCUUGGAAGGAAAGCUUGUAAUUCUUGAUGGUAUCCAUCGUGUCAAUCCAGGCACUUUAGCCAUUCUUCAAAGGCUUAUUCAUGACAGGGAGCUCACUCUGUACGACGGUACCAAGCUACUUCGAGGAGAUAGAUAUCAGUAUUUAAAGGAAGAACUACACAUUUCAGAUGUUGAACUACAAGAAAGGUCCAUCUUUCGCAUUCACCCUUCUUUCAGAAUCAUUGCUUUGGCAGAGCCACCAGUGAUUGGCAGCAGUACUCAGCAGUGGCUGGGCCCCGAGCUUCUCACUAUGUUUCUAUAUCAUGAGGUUAAAUCAUCCACCAGAAAAGAGGAGAUUCAGAUAAUGAGGGAAAUGGUGCCAAACGUACCAAAGGAGGCAGUGGACCAGUUACUGACAUUAACACACAAGCUGCGUGACACAAAGGACCCUAAUACUCAGUCUUUAGCUUCAUCCUUAUCUACAAGACAGCUACUUCGCAUAUGUAGAAGGUUAUCAAAGUACCCAGAUGAGAGUCUUUAUCAUGCUGUUAACAAGGCGUGCCUUUCAAGAUUUUUACCAAAUCUUGCUAGAUCAACUUUACAGAAAUAUUUACUGGACUCGGGAAUAGAGCAAACCAGUGAGGAGCUAGAAAGGAUGGAAAACAGAGAAUAUAGUUAUGAAAUAAAAUCGGGCAUACUAAGGCUUGGAAGUGUGACUGUACCAGUAUUUAAUACAAAUGAGAAGAUGAAAGUUCCAGACAUCCUGUUCUAUGAGAACUCUCAGCACAUGAGGGUUAUGGAAGACAUGCUGAAAGAUUUUCUUCUUGGUGAACAUUUAUUGCUGGUGGGAAAUCAGGGAGUUGGAAAGAACAAGAUAGUUGAUAGAUUUCUUCAUUUAUUAAAUCGACCACGGGAAUAUUUACAGUUACACAGGGACACAACUGUGCAGAGUCUCACAUUGCAGCCUUCUGUGAAAGACGGUGUAAUAGUAUAUGAAGACUCACCUCUGGUUAAGGCUGUUAAAAAAGGCCAUAUCUUGGUUAUAGAUGAGGCUGACAAGGCUCCUACGAAUGUCACCUGUAUUCUGAAAACCUUAGUAGAAAGUGGAGAGAUGAUACUGUCGGAUGGGAGGCGACUUGUUGCCAAUCCAAUAGCACAGAAAGGAAGAGAUAAUGUGAUCCCUAUUCAUCCUGAUUUCAGAAUGAUUGUACUAGCUAACAGGCCAGGGUUCCCUUUUCUGGGAAAUGAUUUUUUUGGUGCUUUGGGAGAUAUAUUUAGCUGCCAUGCAGUGGAUAAUCCAGUUCCGGAGUCUGAGCUAGCUAUGUUAAGACAGUAUGGACCCAAUGUGCCUGAUGCUGUGCUUCAGAAACUAGUAGCUGCUUUUGGUGAAUUACGAACAAUGGCAGACCAAGGAAUUAUCACAUAUCCUUACUCAACCCGUGAGGUUGUAAAUAUAGUAAAACACUUGCAGAAAUUUCCAAAUGAAGGACUGGCAAAUGUGGUUCGGAAUGUGUUUGACUUUGAUUCUUACAACCAAGAAAUGCGUGAAAUAUUGAUUAACUCUUUACAUAAGCAUGGAAUCCCAAUAGGAGCCAAACCAACUAAUGUGCAGCUUGCUAAGGAGUUGUCACUUCCAGAUAUUCGUUUUGUGGGCCACUGGACAAUAACACAAACUGGAAAUGCCCGUCGCAAGCUUUUGUGUCCAACAGAAGCACAUCAAAUCAAUAUAAAGGGCCCAGUGUACAUAAAUGUGCAAGGCUUUACAUUGGAACGUUCUGAGUCUCGGUCCUUGAGCUUCACAGAAGAAAUGGCUCACUGGCGUAUUCCACUCAGUGAAGUGAACAUUGUGUGUGAUGUCAUUGCUUCCUCAGAACCUGAUGGUGACAGCACUAUCCACGUGGCUACGUGUAACCCAGUGACCUUGUAUUUUAUGAAAACACAGGAGGAUAAAGGAUACUAUGUGGAUUUGUAUAACAUAUUUCCUAGAACUGCGGGAAGUGUGUGGCAGCCAUCAGUAACUGUGGCACCUCUAGGCCACCCUCUUAGUGGACAGGUUAUUCUACACGAAGAGCAGAGCAAUGUCAUCCUUCUGUUGGAUACCAGCACUGGGGCACUUCGUCGAGUUGUGCUUUCAGAAGAAGAUACAGAACCUGCAAGAAAAUCAUCUUGGUGGGGUAGUAAGGAGGCUCAGGAGAAUUAUAAAAUGUGCAGGGAUUUUUAAAAUAAGAAGGGCACUGCCCACUCAAUCUCCUUACCUAUCAAUCUCAGGUCUGUUUUCCUAGUGGCAGAAGACAGGUGGCUCUUGACUGAGAGUAAAUCAAACAAGAAGUUUCUUCUUACAACACCUGUACACAUGGAAGCUGAGGAGAAUGGAGUUUGUCAGUUGCACACUCUAGAAGAGGAAGCAGUGAGCGCAGGUUUUGGAGUAACAACAGACUUUGAGCUCUCCAACCCCCAUGUGAUAUCCAGUGAUCAGCUGCCACCUGAGAACCUGAGUGCAGCCAUCGGGCAAAAAAUCAAUUCUCCUAAUAGGAUUCUUUCUGAUGAGAAUAACUAUGCCUCCAUCGUUGUGGGCUUCCCAGAUCUACUGUCACCAAGUGAAGUAUACAGCUGGAAGAGGAGGUCUGCUUUGGGAAGUCAUGGAACAUACACCGCUGAUCAGUAUUUCCAGUCGGGACGCAGUAAAUCUGGAAAUAUCAGGAAAGGCUGUUGUGUGAGUUUAGUAGCUGCUAACCAGAUUGUGAGAGGUGUGCCAGCUGUAGAUGUCCCUUUCAAAGAUAUUUACUCUAAAGAUACCGUUCCCCCCAAUUCUACUGCAUUUUUAGAAGUUACUGAUCUCAAUUUGAAGAAGCUCAAGUAUAUUCCAGUUCCCAGAGCUGUAUCAGUGUCUCCGUACACAUCUUGGCUGUCUAAAAUAUCAGACACAGACAUUCUGCUGGCUGCACAUGGAAACAGUGGAGUUGUCUCGGUGGAUAUGGGAGGCAGUGUUAGGCUGUGGGAGACCGGACUUGAAAGUAUUCAGCGUUCUUUGCUCGAAUGGAAAAAUAUGAUUGGACAAGAUGAUGGGCGGCCUGUUCAGAUCACAGUGCAGAGAGAGAGUGGUUUGGAUGUGAGUUCACCAAAGCAUGGAAAGGUGGAUCCAGAUAACACGCCCCAUGUUGGUGGAAAUACUUGGGCUGGUGGAACUGGUGGCAGAGACACAGCAGGACUUGGUGGAAUGGGUGGUCCAUAUCGCCUGGAUGCAGGACACAAAGUCCACCAGGUAUCACAGGCUGAAAAGGAUGCCGUCCCUGAAGAGGUUAAAAGAGCUUCUAGUGAAAUGGCAGAGAAGGCCUUUCAACAGAGAUUGAAGGAAAUUCAGAUGAGUGAAUAUGAUGCUACUACAUAUGAACGUUUCUCAGGGGCAGUUCGCAGACAAGUGCAAUCUCUUCGAGUGAUUUUGGAUAGUCUACAGGCUAAGGGCAAGGAAAGGCAGUGGCUAAAACAUCAAGCAAUAGGAGAACUAGAUGAUACCAAAAUCAUUGAUGGAUUGACGGGAGAGAAAGCUAUUUACAAAAGGCGUGGAGAGCUUGAGCCUGAACUUGGAAGUCCUCAGCAAAAGCCAAAAAGGCUCCGUCUUCUGGUGGAUGUGUCUGGAAGCAUGUAUCGAUUUAAUGGUGUGGAUGGCAGGCUGGAGCGCUCCAUGGAAGCUACAUGCAUGUUAAUGGAAGCAUUUGAAAAUUACGAACAUAAGUUCAAGUAUGAUGUUUCGGGACAUUCGGGGGAUAGUUACAACAUUGAACUAAUUAGAAGUGAGAAGAUACCCAGGAACAAUAAACAACGACUGGAUGUUAUUAAGACUAUGCAUGCCCACUCUCAGUUUUGUAUGAGCGGGGACUACACUUUGGAGGCUACAGAACAUGCAAUAAGGGAGAUAGCUAAGGAGGAGGCAGAUGAAUAUUUUGUCAUAGUCUUGAGCGAUGCUAAUUUAGAACGAUAUGGUAUACCACCAGCAAGGUUUGCCCAGGCCUUGACUAUUAAUCCUCAAGUCAACGCAUUUGCUGUUUUUAUUGGGUCUUUGGGAGACCAAGCUGAAAGACUUCAGAGGACUCUUCCAGCAGGCCGGUCUUUUGUUGCCAUGGAUACCAAGCAGAUCCCACAGAUCCUACAACAAAUAUUCACAUCUACGUUGCUGUCAUCUGCGUAAGGAAGUUGUGUCCAUUUCCAAAACGCAGGAUGUCACAUGAGUACAAAAUAGCAGUAGUUUUGAAUUAUAACAUUUAAAUAGUCUUUUAACUAUAUAAAUAAUGGAGGCUUAGUCUUGAAUUCUCAUUUCAAACUUUCUGUUUUCAAUGCACAACAUUUGUGCAAUAUUUUUUGGAUGGUGCAAUUUUUAGCUAUUUAUGGGGAAAACAUUUACUUUAUAGAUGAGGAAAAAGUAAUGUUAAAUAUGGUAAUUAAAUAAUUGUAAUACCCAUAAUGGCCAAUCAGAUUUUUUCUUUUAAAG